UCCACAUUUCCUCAGUCUCACAAGUCAGAACUGAAACAUUUUCUCACUAGUUUUCUUCUCUCUCUCUCUCUCUCUCCCUUCUUCUCUCUCUAUACACUCUUCUGUGAUUACUCCAAUUCAUAAGGAGCAAAAUCACACCAUUUUCACAUGGAAGGAGGAGUCCCUGAGGUUGAUAUCUCAGCCUUUCGGGAAUGUUUGUCUCUUUCAUGGAAGAACCCUUAUGUCCUUCGCCUCGCUUUCUCUGCUGGAAUUGGUGGCCUUCUCUUUGGCUAUGACACUGGGGUGAUAUCAGGGGCUCUUCUGUACAUCAGAGAUGAUUUCAAAGCUGUAGAACAGAAAACAUGGCUUCAGGAAGCCAUAGUGAGUACUGCAAUUGCUGGAGCAAUUCUAGGUGCUGCAGUAGGUGGAUGGAUGAAUGAUCGUUUCGGAAGGAAAUUUUCGAUCAUCAUUGCCGAUAUACUAUUUUUUAUUGGCUCUGUGAUCUUGGCGUCUGCUCCCAACCCAGCUGUUCUCCUUGUUGGCCGUGUUUUUGUUGGCCUUGGCGUCGGAAUGGCUUCAAUGGCGUCACCCCUCUACAUUUCGGAGGCUUCACCGACUAAGGUUCGCGGAGCCCUUGUGGCUCUCAACAGUUUCCUCAUCACUGGCGGACAAUUCCUUUCCUACCUCAUAAACUUGGCCUUCACUACGACACCAGGGACAUGGAGGUGGAUGCUUGGGGUAGCUGCAGCACCUGCUGUAAUCCAAGUGGCCCUAAUGUUUUUCCUCCCAGAAUCACCGCGUUGGCUCUUCCGAAAGGGAAGGGAGGAGGAAGCAAAAGAAAUUCUGAGAAAGAUUUACGCCCCUGACAUGGUCGAAGCCGAGAUUCAAGCUCUGGAGGAGUCAGUUGCCUUGGAAAAGAAGGAAUCAGAAGGCGAAAAGGUCACCCUGAUGACACUGCUGAAAACCAAAUCUGUGAGGAGAGGUUUGUAUGCAGGAGUGGGCCUCCAAUUCUUCCAGCAGUUUGUGGGGAUCAACACUGUCAUGUACUACAGCCCGACCAUUGUUCAGUUAGCUGGUUACGCGUCGAAUCGGACAGCCCUGCUUCUAUCUCUGAUCACUUCUGGGCUGAAUGCAUUUGGUUCAAUUCUGAGCAUUUUCUUCAUUGACAGAACUGGGAGGAAGAAACUUGCUUUGAUCAGUUUGUGUGGUGUUGUUUUUUCCCUGGUCCUAAUCACUUGGUCAUUCAGAUUGACUGAAACUCAUUCCCCAAUGAUCAGUGCAGUGGAAACCUCUAGCUUUAAUAGCACCUGCCCUGCUUUCAGCCAUGCUGUGAAUCCUGCUGAAUGGAAUUGCAUGAAGUGCCUCAAGGCUUCACCAAAAUGUGGUUUUUGUGCAUCUGCAUCUGACAAGCUUUCACCUGGGGCAUGUUUGCUCUCUGAUGACAACACAAGGACUCAAUGUCAAAAAGUUCACCACAGGCCUUGGUACACUCAGGGAUGCCCAAGCAAAUUGGGUUUUCUUGCAUUGGGUGGCCUUGCACUUUACAUCAUAUUCUUCUCACCAGGGAUGGGAACUGUUCCAUGGGUUGUCAACUCUGAAAUCUAUCCUUUAAGGUACCGCGGAAUCUGCGGCGGGAUUGCUUCAACAACAGUUUGGGUUUCAAAUCUGGUUGUUUCCCAGUCCUUCUUGUCCCUGACACAAACCAUUGGAACUGCAUGGACAUUCAUGAUGUUUGGAAUUAUUGCUAUUAUUGGCAUUUUCUUUGUGCUCAUUUUCGUGCCGGAAACCAAGGGAGUUCCAAUGGAGGAAGUUGAGAGUAUGCUCAAUAAAAGAGCUGUGCAUUUGAAGUUUUGGGAAAAGACAAGUGGUGGGGAGAAGAAUUGACUCAGUUUGAGGCCAUUUAUAUUGGUUUUCAAGUUUGUUAGUGAAGAACUUUCUAGUCUAGAAAACUAUGAAUCCUUGUUGAUGAUUUAUGAUAUUUUAUCUCUAAGAUUUGCAGACUUCAUAUUAGUUUUCAUUAUGUUUUGACUGGAUUGCUUUCUUGAAAUCCUUAUGAAAUCUCCGAAGCUUGAACA